AUGAUGAGAUCAUCGUCAGCUGUGUGUUUUAUUGUGUUGUGUGCCAUAAUAAUCUCAACAACAUCACAAGCAAAAUCAAUCAUCAAAACACCACUAUCUAGUCAUCAGAAUGAAAAAACUUGUUCCUACACCGUACGGAUCGUAACGAGCUGUAAUUCAGUUGCAUACACUCGAGACCAAAUCCAUCUCUCGUUCGGUGAUGGGUACGGUACUCAGGUUUACGCACAGGGUCUAGACGACCCGUCAACAAGGACAUUUGAACGGUGUUCAGAGGAUACGUUUGAGAUAUACGGUCCGUGUACGGAAGACAUAUGCUAUAUAGACUUUUACAGAAGUGGAUACGACGGAUGGUUACCACAGAAUGUAGAGAUAUAUGGUGAGAAUAUGAGACCGGUUUCUUUUGAGAUAAAUGAUUGGAUUCCAGGGGAUAUGUGGUAUGGAGUCAAUUACUGUUAG